AUGGUAUUUAAGCUUUGCUUCACCAACAGUCAACCGAAAUCAUCAAAAAAAUCAAGAAUGAAAACAAGAGUAAUAACACUUGUGACUUUAUUGCUAUCAGUUCUCCUUUUGCAUUCCUUUGCAUACUCUCAAAGUUUAGUGAUCACUGUCAAUAGACUAACUUUGUUCAAUGGUGAUAAUGUUACCAUUACAAGCAAUGAAUUAGCAUCAACACUCAAUGGAUCACCUUCACCAGCCAGAAUUGUUUACAAUGUGCUUUCUAUUACUAACGGCCAAUUUCAAGUUAGAGUUGGAACAAACCAAUACACUCCAGUAACUCAAUUUUCUCAAGAUCAAAUUAAUUUGGGUAAUGUGAGAUUUAUCCAUCCUGGUAAUUUAGCUGUUCCAUCUUAUACUCUCAAUGCUUUUGAUCCUGUUCUUGGUGUAACUAGUGCUGCAUCAACUGCAACUAUUACCUUUACUGCAUUUAGUAGAAAUGUCAUUGGUGCUCCUCGUCCAGUUUUUGAAGCAUCUGUCAAUCCUUCUACUUUGAAUGUUACUUUGAGAAUUACCAUGUUCAAGACAGGAGGUGUAUUCAGUGAUAACUCAACCACAGGUGUAUUCUUCAAUAUUGGUUUGUCAAAGCAAUAUACUUGUUUGUCCAAUGAUUUAAUUAGAGAUGGAUUUGUACUCGUUACAUCAACUGCUUGGUACAAUGUCUAUCAACAAGUUUUGACUUUGAAUCAAUUUACUUCUAAUCCAAACGUACAAUGGGUUUCAAAUGGUGGUGUGGUUGACUUGGUUGCUGUUAUGUUUGCUGAUUACAUGAUUCAAACCAAUAUUGUUUCUGGAGGUUCUAGUCAAAAGAAUUGUUACGAAACAAUUUUCACACAACGUUAUAUUUUGACUAUUACUCUUGCAGUUACUCGUAUUAACUUUGAUCAAUCCUCUCCAAAUACCUUCCUCAAACCAAAGAGAAUCUUUGUUAACGAUUUGAAUCGUUUGGAAAUUAGAUUGGAAGUAUGGACAACCAUCACUCAAAAUGCAACCUCUUGGUUUGUUACUGGACCUUAUGCUUUCACUGUUACUGAUGCUGUUUUCACUGGUCUCUCUGGUGGUUUCAUGUACUACCAAAUUGUCAUGCAAUCUAAUGUUAUUACUGCAGAAACUAACUUUGGUGGCGACUAUUCUCUAUCAUUUAGAACAAAUGGUGGAAAUACAUACAGUAUUGCCUACACUCUCCAAUAUUUGGUGCCAUAUCCUGCAAUUGAGGAAGAAUUGGUAUUUAGUACGAGUGCCUUAUCUUAUGCAAAUAGUGCCUUUACUCAAGUUCGUACUCAAUUCGGUCCAACUGAUACCAUUUACAUUCGUGUUGAAUCUCCAUUGGCUCCUUCACUUGCUACUCAAAGCAUUAUUCCUUACAAUGUUAUUUUGUGUUGUUACUCCAACUUUGCAACCAUUCCAUCAAAUCCUGAUUGUAGAAAUGCUUCCAGAACAGAUGCUACCUCUGAUAAUAUUUUCGUUUCUGGACAAGCUGUUAGAGCUGGAGGUGUCGAUGCUGAUUUGCUUUUCUCUGCUAACACCACUUAUGGAUUCGACUUUGGAUUCCCAUUGGCUAUCAGAGAUGAUACUGACAGAAGAUGUUUCCUCACUAUUGAAAGUUCCUACUCAAGUAGAAAUAAUAUCAGAAGUGCUUUGGCUGUCAAAGACAGUAUUCAAUCCCUUACUUACCGUGUUUUCGACUAUGUCGCCUCCACAACCAAGAAGACAAAUAAUGGCUCAAUUGCUACCGUCAAUUAUGCUAUGGUUGCCUUUGUUUUCUUUACAAUUUUGAACUUUGUUCUCUAA